CUGUUCUUUAUUGAAUCAUGGCAAGAAUAUAUAAACAUAACAAUGGCACUGUGAAAGAUAUGCCCAAACUCUCCCAACUAAAGAGUAUAUAUAUUUUUAGUAGCCGAGAACAAGCCUCCUUUGUAUAGCCUACUAAGUUUAAACUCGGAUUGGACUGUGCAUGCACAAAUCUGCCCAACAGUUUAGUUAGGCCUUGAGUUUAAACUACCUAAAAGAUUGACGUCAAGAUUUGCUUAGGCCAUUAAGUGUCCAGAGAUAAUCAGUUAGGCUGGUUUAAAAUAAAAAAAAUUAUAUCACAAAGACGAAAAAAAAAAUAAAAACCUAAUUCUCCGUCAUUCAACUUCCGCCUAGAGUCCCGUAAAGCUCCGGCGGGACCUCUCCAUUGUUGGGGCACUGGAGUUCCUUGCAGACGGUGUUGAGUUUCAGGUACGAAAGAGAGUCCUCCUCUCUCGCACCUUCGUCAACUGAUCGAAACCAGUACAGAAACGUGAUGAUUAAACGAAGUCGAGAUUAAAUGCCAUGUGAAGGAUUUCAUGAUUAAAAGAAGUCGACUUUGAUUGUGCUUCCGCAAUAGACGACGGAUCUUGGCUGCUUUACCGGACAUCGAAUUCGAUCCGUUUGAGAGCACGAAGUUUAAGAGCAAAAUUAGAAGUAACAUGUGUAAAUAACAGAAGGAGAUGCAAACUUCUGAAGUUCCAGAGAAAGGCGAGAGAGAGCUUGUGAUAGUGCUUGGUCAAUGAUCAGAUUCAGAGUCCAAAAUUUGGGCAUCCAGACUGAAAUUGCAGGGGACGGAUGUUUUGAACUCUGGCAUUGGAAAAAUCAGAGAAUGUAUGAAAAAUGUAUGCUGGAUUCGUUUAAGGUUCGGCGUGGUUAUCUGAAACACUAUGGCGAAAAUGGAAAAAGAUGUGUGUGAAGCCAUAAAAGGAAAUGGUGAAGAUAUCCUUAGGGUAUCUGUACAAUGGAUAACAAGUGUUGACGAAGUCAAGAUGGAUGCCAGAAAGUGUUGCAGUUGCAACUUACUCAGUCUUUACAAUUGGUAUCAGAGCGAGAUUCUUAAGGACCUGUGAGGAGAUCUGGGUUGUGGAAUUCUCUGCAAGUCAAGCAUGUCUUCAAGCAAGUGAUCUUUGGCCCCUCCCAUAAGAAAUUAUAAAGAACGUGAUGCCUUUACUCCUCCUGAAAGCAAAGAAUUAUGGUUCAACAUAAAUAACAAAGAAGGGCUAAGCAUUCCUAUUGUUUUCCCUCUCAUCCCACAUUGUGCAGCGGCAAUCUCCAAUAUUGGAAGUUCUGUACUGCAAACUAGCUACAAACCACAAUAAGGUGCAGACUCGAGUAUUUAUCGUUCUUUAUUGCAAACUACUUAGAGAUCACAAAAAGUCAGUGCAAUGGACAUUGUCACCUCCCUCCUUGGAAAAAUUGGAGAACGUGUGUGGGAUUCAAUUAAGUUUCACUUUGGUUAUCUGACAAACUAUGAUGAUAACGUAAUGGCUCUUCAAAACCAACUUGAAACCCUGGAGAAAAUGGAGAAGGACAUGCAUGAAGUCAUUGAAGCAGCAAAAAGAAAUGGUGAAAUAAUCCGAAAUAAUGUUCAACAUUGGAUGGCAAGUGUUGAGGGAGUCGAGAUGGAUGCAAGAAAGUUUUUGGAAGAAAAUGGGAAGGCAAACAAGAGAUGUUUUAGGGGGUGGUGUCCUGAUCUGAAAACACGUUACUCAUUAAGCACAGGAGCAAUGGCGAAACAUAAGAAAAUAGAAAGGCUAUGUGAAGAACAAAAAGUAUUUGACGUUAAUGUUUCUCUGCCUGCACCUCCUCCGGGAAUAGAUUCCAUAACCUCCAAAGAUAUUGUUCUUUUUCAAACAACUAAAUUAGCAAUGGAAAAAGUCAUGGAUGCAUUGAAAGAAGAUUCUACUAAUUUUGUGGGGAUACAUGGAAUGGGGGGUGUAGGAAAGACCACUUUGGUGAAAGAAAUUGCUAGGAAAUGCACAGAAGAGAAGCUUUUUGGUAAUGUGGCAAUGGCUGUAGUGUCACAAACUGCCAAGGUGGAAAGUAUUCAGAAGCAAAUAGCUGACUUCUUGGGUUUAAAACUAGAAGAAGAUAGUGUAGUUGCAAGAGCAAGUCGAUUAAAAAAUCGACUAAAAUGUGAGAAUAAGAUCCUUGUUAUAUUGGAUGAUGUUUGGAAAAGACUUGAUCUUGCCACAAUCGGCAUUCCUUCAAGGGAAGAUCAUAAAGGUUGCAAAGUUGUCAUCACCACAAGGCGUAGACAGGUCUGCACUUCCAUGGGCAGCAGUGUCCAAGCUACAAGAAUUGUCUAUCUUGGUGUCUUAAAUAAACAAGAAUCUUGGGACUUGUUUAAGUUGCAACUUGGUGACAUUAUUGAGUCUCCCACAGUGAGAACUACGGCAGAGAAACUUGUCAAAGAGUGUGGGGGUUUGCCUAUCGCUCUUAUGACAGUGGGGAAUGCUAUGAGAGGCAAAGAUUUAGAAGAAUGGAAAGAGGCUGCUCUAGAGCUCGAGCAAUCGAGGCCCACGAAUGUUGAAGACAUGGAUGAAAAUGUGUUCAAGUGCAUCAAAUUCAGCUAUGAUUAUUUGGGAGAUGAGGAGGCCAAGGCUUGCUUCUUGCUUUGUUGUUUAUUCCCAGAGGAUUAUAACAUUGAAAUAGAGAGGUUGGUUAGAUAUGGGGUGGGGUUGAAUACAUUUAAGAGAGUUGACAAAAUUCAAGAAGCCAGAAGACGAGUACACUUGAUAAUCAACAAUCUUAAAGCCUCUUCUUUAUUGGUGGCAAGUGAGUUUCAAGGCUGUAUCAAAAUGCACGACGUUGUUCGCGAUGUUGCUAAAACAAUUGCAUUGGAUAAAUAUUUUGUGAAAGAUGGUGAGGUUUUGAAAGAGUGGCCAAAUGAAUUGAGUAUGGAUAAAUAUAAUGGUAUUGGCAUCUCUUUGAUGAGAAAUAAAAUCCGAAAGUACCCUGAUGCUUGGGAAUGCCCAAACCUUGAGAUAUUUUUGACACAUGACGACAUUGUUGAGCAAGAAAUGCCAGAAGAAGUAUUUUUUAAGGGAAUGAAAAAGCUCAGAGUGUUAGAUCAAAGUCAUAACUCUGACUUUGGAGGUGGAGGGAGAAGAUUGGAGCCAUCACUUAGUCAUCUGACAAAUCUCCGGACAUUGAUUAUCGAUGGUGAUCGCCAUCACAGGCCCUGGAGUAAUCAGGAAAUGCGAAUAUGGGGCAUUAGCGCACUUGGAGAGCUAAAAAUGCUCCAAGUUGUCAGCUUUAGAAAUUGUAGCUUUGAAGAGCCGCUGGAUGCACUGAGGAAGCUGAAGAACCUGAAGUUGCUAGAAUUGGAAUACUGUACUAAUUGUUCAUCUCUUUUCAACUAUACAACUACACUCACUGAAGAUUGGAAUUUUUCGCAAUUAGAAGAACUAUACGUGACUGAGGCCAUGUCUUGUAGUGUAGCAGAGCUGAUGAAAUGUCAUCCUCACUUAAAUGUGUUACGAAUUUGUAUAGGUAUUUGUUGGAUACCUAACAACUUUGUCUUCCCCCACUUGGAUAAUUUUGCCAUUUCUGUGGACUCACAACCACCUGCUUUUGAUUAUUUUGAAAAUAUAUUGCACCUCGAUGGAAAUGAUGGAAGGCUCGACAUGGCAUUGCCUAGCAUGAUUGGGACAUUAUUGGCGAGCGUAAGUAUUUUACGUCUUCGUUACUUUGAUGGAUUUAGAAAUAUACUUCCAUACUUCUUGGUUGGCAGAGACAGUCUCGCUAUGUUGAAAAAAUUGGAAGUUGUAUAUUGCCGUGAAUUGGAGUUCUUGAUCAAUACUGAGGGGGAAAGUAAGAUUCCACAUUCAACUUGUUUCUCAUAUUUGGAGGUCCUGGAAUUUUGGAAUUUACCUAGCUUUAGGGGGUUGUGUGGCAUGGUUCUUGUUGAUAUGCCCUACUCCUUUAUAAGGCUGAAAUUAUUACGUAUCUACGAAUGUCCCGAAAUGUCAAAUAUCGGCGUUCCAUUUAAUUUGUUACGAAGAAUGCGACAACUUGAAGUUCUGAGAAUAGCUGAUUGUGAAACAUUAGAGUACUUAUUUGAUCUCAAAGAAGAAGAAGUAGAGGAUGCUGUUGAGGAGGAGGAGGAAGAAUUACUUGUCAAUUUAACAAAUAUGAAGCUAACUGGGUUGCCUAAUUUAGAGCAGUUGUGGAAGGGCUCUAUUGGACUGCUGCACUUACGCAACUUGAAAAAAGUGGAGAUUGAUUUGUGCCCCAAAUUGAAAGUUGUUUUCGAUUGGUCUGUAGCUCAAAGACUUGAGCAACUGGAACAGCUAAGAGUUUAUGAUUGUAAGGAAUUGGAAGAGAUAGUUGGAAGGGAGACGGGAGAAGAGGGUGUUCAUAAGGUGUUGUUUCCUGAAUUACAACUUCUGGAGAUGAAGGGACUUCCAAGACUAGUUGGUUUCUACGCUGGUAACUUGCCUGGGAGCCAAAACACGCCCAAGCUCAAGACCGUUCGUAUUUAUAGGCCUGAUUAUUCUCUCGAAGAGAUAGCAGUUGAAGGCAAGAACUUAGACGCAGUCGUAAAAGACCACAAAGGGCUUCUACUUUCAGAGGAAGAAUAAAUGGCAGCUAAUGCUGUGCAGAUGAUGCCUGAUUAGAAAGCUGAGCUCCUGCAACAUCUUUCCUGUCGUGGCUCUGUUCGUUCAGAAAGCAGAAGCAAAGCAACAACAGAAGAAAUAACAGCAGAGUCGAGUGAGCAUUGUAGUGGUUAGCAUUAAAGACAGUAUAAGCAUGUCUGCUGCCUUACUCAUUCAUAUCUACAAACAGCCUUAAUUAAUUUCGUUCUUCAUUGUUACCACAUCUCAUUGCCAUGUAUUUCUCGUCAUUCUGUACCUUCGUUUACUGUUGUUGAUAACAUAUAUUUUGUUUCUUGAAAUUUACCAAUGCAUAUUGCAUAAGUUGUAUUUGGAAA